AUGGCUGACGAACUCUCAACUGCUGGUGCCCCUAUCACAAACUCUGAACUCAUUGUUAAGAUCCUGAGUGGUCUAGGACCAGAGUUUCGUGAGAUUCCUGCCGCAAUUCGUGCUCGUGACUCCACUAUUACGUAUGAAGAACUCUAUGAGAAUCUUCUUGAUCAUGAGCUUUUCCUUAGACAUGAAGAGUCAAAGAAAGCUCCUAGCCAAAUUACUAUUGCUGCUGCUACAUUCGACAAAUCUGGAAACUCCAACAAUCACAACAAUCGUCGCUCCAACAACAACAAUGGCAACAACCAACAAUGGAGAUACAACAAUCGCUUUAAUUCACAAAAUCAGGGGCGAUCUUCGAACACCAACAACUCUUAUGAUGGUGUUCGCUGCCAGUUGUGCAACAAACCAGGUCAUGUUGCAAGUGUAUACAGAUCCAGAUCUCACAAUCAUUUUAAGGCCAAGGCCAACUAUGUUUUGGGAAUGCACGCAUCAGAAAAUCCCUGGAUUCUCGACUCUGGAGCAUCUCAUUGUUGA